GCAAAGAGCUUGAAAGCCUUCAGGUCAGAGUUAAUUACCAGCUUUGAUCUUACCUGACUGCGCACGACCCAACGAGCCAGUGUCACUCAACAACACGCGGGAAACAUCAGCAACAGCCCGACUGUUAUCGUUGCCAACUCUCUCACCAACAAACACACAAACAGCAGUACUGUUUGCGCCACGAACUUCCAGAAAAAACUUUAUUUGCAUCCAUAUCAGUGUUUACGAUCAGUUCGGCCGUACCUUUUCCAAUGCAAAGACCAUUAGGUGAGGCACAGCAGAGCAGGUCAUUAUUCAGCUCUGUGUGAGGACACAACACCACCACCACAGAGAAUGAUUAUGAGAGAGAUAUCCCUUUAUAUUUUGCUUGGUCACCUCAUCAUUGUUGGCGUUGCCUCCAACUGUGUCUCUGUUCAUUGUCUGAGAUGUAACACGGCAGAAGAGACUGCAGAUUCUUGCCAGCUCUGCCUAGAUACUAAGUGCAUUAAUGAGACAUUUUAUGCAAAUAAUUCAUCAAACUGCAAAAAAGCCUUUCAGGUUUCUAUCAACAGCACUGGAUCCGAAGCCGAAGAGGGUGAUGACAUCACUCUAACUUGUGUCCAUAACGUUCCCAAUUUGAAUCUGACAAUUGGGUGGACGAAAGACGGGGAGGAAAUCAAGAAAAGCAAAAACAUGAGCAACCUGGUUCUUGAUCACGUGCUUUCUAGUGAAGGCCAGUACAUCUGCUAUGUGAAUAGUUCAUGUGGCAAUUACGAGUCUUCUCCAGACGAAGUCAGUGUAAAAAACAACAAUGUGUUCACCCUGGUGAUCUGUGGCAUCGCAGCUUUGGUCUUGGUCCUGAUUAUGGGUCUGGUAAUGAAGUUCAAGCUGAAAAGAGACAACGCUAAAACCAAAGCAAGGAUGGCGCAAAGGGCACUGGAUGGGAGGGCUGGCGGCCCAGUACCAUUCACGCCAAGGGAGUCCUAAAUAAGAAACUGUCACUCUCAAAAUGUAUCAAUACUGAUAUUGUUUCACAAACUGCUGUGGUAGUAUAUGAUAUAGAA